AUGCAUCCUACUCAUCACCCAAAGGCUACUGCUAUUGCUGAAACUGCUAAAACUGCUGAGACAAACCAUAAAACUUCAACCGUUGCAGGUAAAGCAUUUGAUAGAUUCUUGGUUAUCUGGUUAGAAAAUACCGAUUUCGAUAAAGCUGCUGAAAGUGAUGGGUUAAGUUACUUGGCUAAAGAAGGUAUCACUUUGGAUAACUAUUGGGCUGUUACUCAUCCUUCAGAACCAAACUAUAUGGCUGCUGUUGCUGGUGAUUAUUUUGCCCUUGAUGAUGAUCGUUUCAUUUCAAUGCCAAAAAACGUUUCAACAGUUGUCGAUUUAUUAGAUACUAAAAACAUCUCAUGGGGUGAAUAUCAAGAACAUUUACCAUAUACCGGGUUUGAAGGUUUCAAUUAUUCAAAUCAAGAAACUUAUGCUAAUGAUUACGUUAGAAAGCAUAAUCCUUUAGUUAUCUAUGAAUCUGUUACUGAUGAUAAAGAAAACUUGAAAAACAUUAAAAAUUUCACUCAAUUCCAAGAAGAUUUAGAAAAUCAUACUUUACCACAAUGGGCCUUCAUCACUCCAAACAUGACUAAUGAUGGUCAUGAUACAACAAUUAACGUUGCUGCAACUUGGUCCAAAAAUUUCUUGGAACCUUUAUUACAAAAUGAAUACCUAAUGAACAACACUUUAAUCUUGUUAACUUUUGAUGAAAAUGAAAACUAUAAAUUGAAAAACAGAGUCUUUGCAGUUUUAUUAGGUGGUGCAGUCCCAGAUGAAUUGAAAGGUACCAUUGAUCAUACUUUCUAUGAUCAUUAUUCAGAAAUCUCCACGGUUGAAGCCAACUGGGAUUUACCAAACUUGGGUCGUCAUGAUGCUAAUGCCAAUGUCUUCCAAAUCGUUGCAAACAAAACAGGUAUCCAAAACAAAGAAGUUGACACAACCUAUUUAGUCAAUAACCACACCUAUGUCGGUUACUUAAACGAUGACACUGUCCAAUUACCAGCUCCAAACGUCAGCGCUAUUGGUGUUAACGGUAAUGGUGUUUUAGACUCAAUCAAAUCCCAAUGGUCAGACGUUUUCGCAAAGCAACAAUCUGAUGGUUAUUUCAAAUCCUCAACAACUACUCUAGUCACUGGUUCAAUCGGUGAUGCUACAACUACUGCUAUGGGUGCUUUGGUCUCUGGUAGUGCUGGUGUUUCAGCUUUGAUUGCCUUUGGUUUAGCUUUAUUGAUCUAA